AUGCCGCGCCUAUACCGCCGUUCGCAGCUCCCCUUGCACAUCAAGCGGGCGAUUUGUGCCCAGCAUGUGAGCAACCCCAACAUGCGCCAGGUCGAUCUGGCGCGUUGGUGUUUCACGCGUUACGGGAUCCGUCCCGAUCGUUCUACCAUUGGGCGGGUCCUGAAAAGCGCUGCCAGAUGGACCGCCCCGAAUACCAACACUGUGCGUGUGCGUGGCGGCGCAUAUCCGGAGCUCGAGCACGCCAUGGUGCGCUGGGUCCGCAACGCCGGCCCCGCAGGUGUCCCUCUGACCCUCGCCACCAUCCGCAACCACGUCGCGGUCAUCGCGCGCGGUAUGAAUCUGCCCCCCACGUUCCGCUGCUCCGUGGGGUGGGUGCGCCGCGCUAUGCGUCGCCAUGGCAUUCGUUGCCGCAGCGCCACCGGCGAGGCGGCCGACCAGGACCACGCUGCGGUGCGCACUUGCCAGCAGCAACUCCCGCAGCUCCUUAUGUACCUCGCCCUUCGUCCUUGCGACGUCUACAAUUUUGAUGAGACCGCUCUGUACCUGUCCGUCUUGCCGCGCAAGACGUACGGAGGUGCGCGUGUGGCGGGGCGCAAGCUGGCGAAGCAGCGUCUCACCGUCGGGCUUCUUGUUAACGCGGAUGGGAGCCACGCCUUCCGCCCAUUGGUGAUUUCGAAGUCGAAGCGCCCGCGGGAUUUCCUGCCUGACUACGACCCGGAGGAACUCUGUUAUUGGCGUAGCAACGCCAAGGGCAACAUACGCCUUGUCUUCCUGCCGCCCAACACCACGGCAUUCACUCAGCCACUGGACCAGGGGCUGAUUGCCACCACGAAGGCGCGCUACCGCCAGCACUGGCUCCGCGCGGUCACUACCCUGUGGCAGGAGGGCGGCUCUACCACAGCCUUGGCGCGCUUUCGCCCGAACAUGCGGGAUGUCAUCGCAUGGCUCUCUAAGGCAUGGAUGAACAUCCCCGCCCGCACCAUCCAGCGUUGCUGGUGGCGCACAGGCUGCCUGCCCCGCUCCUGGGCAAUGGACCUAGCUCAUGUCGGCCGCGACGGUCUAGCGGCAACAGGCGCCGGCGUGAAUGCCGCGCUCCCCAUCGAUCUCGACGAGGACAUCGGCGACGUGGGCAUCAUGAUCGCCCGGCUUGGCCUCGGGCCAAGCGCAAUGCCCGCCGCCGAGUUCGUCGCCAUCGACGACGACCAGCCAACGUGCGCGGAGCCGGGCGAGGAUCCGCUGGUCAUUGAGCCGCGCACGCCGUAUUCCAGUACGUCAUGGGAACCACCCUCCACCAUGCAGGAGGUUUACGACGACGACCACCCCGAGAGCCGCGAGGCGAGGCGCUAUGCGAGGGCGGCCAGCGAGAUGCUGAUUGGCUAUGCCAAAGCUACCGGCAUCACUCCGCACAACCUGUGCGCGCUCUUCGAGAUCAAGAACCCCGUCAUCUUCGACCGCAUGGAGCGCGCAAGCCCGGCGCUGAACCUGAACGCCGCGCCUCCUCUCACUGCCCGGAUGCUCGCCUCCGCGAGCGCCGCUCCUUCGCAGGCAACGCCCGACGUCGCGGCCGCGGCGACUCCUCGUCGCCGCGGUCGCGUCCUUCCUGCGUGGAUGACUGCGCCGGCGCCGACCCGCCAGCAGCUCAUUGACUCUGGCGUGAAUGCCGUGAUGAAUGGCUACAUCGAUGCUGCAGAGUGGAUGACCAUGUGA